UUGUUGUGUGUGUGUGUGUGCAGGAGUGUUCCCCGCUCUCCCCGGUCAGAUGCAGCGGCCGCUGGCCAGCUCUUACCCCUCACUGCAGCCGGUCUAUCAGAAUGUGUCCGGCGUGCAGAUGCAGACGCAGAUGCAGACACAGAUGCAGACACAGAUGCAGACGCAGCUCUACCCGCAGCUGAGCCCCUCGUUAGCGUCGUUAAGCCUGCAGUCUCAGCCUCCGGAGGCGCUGAGGGUCAUUAACCUGCUGCAGGAGCGCAGCCUCCUUCCUCCGGGAAGCGUGCCGCCGCCGGUGCCCUGUCUGCCGCAGGACCUGCAGAAGCUCAGCUGCAGCCCAGAGGUGUUCCGCUGUACUCUCACCAGCAUCCCGCAGACGCAGUCUCUGCUGAACAAGGCCAAGCUUCCCCUCGGCCUGCUGCUGCACCCCUUCAAAGACCUCUCUCAACUGCCGGUGGUGACGUCCAGUAAUAUCGUGCGCUGCCGCUCUUGUCGGACCUACAUCAACCCGUUCGUGACCUUCCUGGACGCUAGAAGAUGGAAGUGCAACCUGUGUCACCGAGUCAAUGAUGUUCCAGAGGAGUUCAUGUAUAAUCCGGUCAGCAGAUCGUAUGGAGCGCCUCACAAAAGACCAGAGGUCCAGAACGCCACCAUCGAGUUCAUCGCCCCGUCAGAAUACAUGCUGAGGCCACCGCAGCCCGCUGUUUACCUCUUCGUCCUGGACGUGUCUCAUAACGCGGUGGAGACUGGAUAUCUGGAUGUCGUCUGUCAGACGCUCCUGGAGAGCCUCGACUCGCUUCCUGGAGACGCUCGGACGAAGAUCGGCUUCAUCACGUUCGACAGCACCAUCCAUUUCUACAACCUCCACGAAGGCCUGUCGCAGCCUCAGAUGCUCAUCGUGUCAGACAUCGACGAUGUGUUUCUGCCGACGCCGGACAGCCUUCUGGUCAACCUGAGCGAAAGCAAAGAGCUGGUCCAGGAUCUGCUGGCGAGUCUGCCGCAGAUGUUCGGUCAGACGAUGGAGACGCAGUCUGCUCUGGGUCCGGCGCUGCAGGCUGCCUUCAAGCUGCUGUCUCCCACCGGAGGACGCAUGACUGUGUUCCAGACGCAGCUGCCAACCAUCGGCAUUGGCGCGCUCCAGCCCAGAGAAGAGCCCAGCCAGAGAGCCAACACCAAGGACGUGCAGCAUCUCAGUCCUGCGACGGAUUUCUAUAAGAAGCUGGCUCUGGACUGUUCUGGUCAUCAUGUGGCGGUGGAUCUGUUCCUGCUGAGCGCACAGUACUCGGAUCUGUCCUCUCUGGGCUGUAUAUCCAGAUACUCGGCUGGAAGCGUCUAUUUCUACCCUUCAUACCACAAGCAGCACAGCCCGCCUCAGACGGAGCGUCUCCAGAAGGAUCUCAAGAGAUACCUGACGCGCAAGAUCGGCUUCGAGGCUGUCAUGAGGAUCCGCUGCACUAAAGGUCUGUCCAUACACACCUUCCACGGGAACUUCUUCGUGCGCUCCACAGAUCUGCUGUCUCUGGCCAACGUGAACCCCGACGCCGGCUUCGCCGUGCAGAUGAGCAUCGAAGAGAACCUGCUGGACCUGCAGACUGUGUCCUUCCAGGCCGCGCUGCUCUACACCUCCAGCAAAGGAGAGCGGCGGAUCCGUGUGCACACGCUGUGUUUGCCCGUGGUCACUUCUCUGUCGGACAUCUUCGCUGGAGCCGAUGUCCAGGCCAUCACGGCUCUUCUGGCCAGCAUGGCUGUGGAUCGCUGUGUGACGGCGAGUCUGAGUGAUGCUCGUGACGCUCUGAUCAACGCUGCGAUCGACACGCUGGCGUCCUACCGCUCCUCAGUGCUGACCGUCCCUCAGCCUGGCCUGCUGACCCCCGCCUGCCUGCGCCUGCUCCCGCUCUACAUCCUGGCCCUGCUCAAACACAAAGCCUUCCGGACGAGCGGCGGCCGGCUGGACGAGCGUGUGUUUGCCAUGUUUCAGCUCAAGCAGCAGCCGCUGGCCUUCCUCCUGAUGAUGGUGCAUCCGGACCUGUACCGCGUCGACCAGCUCACAGACGAGGGGGCUCUGAACAUCAACGAUCGCACGAUUCCUCAGCCCAGAGCUCUUCAGCUGUCUGUGGAGAAGCUGAGCAGAGAUGCUGCGUUCCUCAUGGACUGCGGCACCGUCAUGUAUCUGUGGGUGGGAAGAAACUGCAGCCCGGUGUUCCUCACACAAGUGCUGGGAACGGACAGUUAUGCUGACGUUCCUCUCAACAUGAUCCAGCUUCCAGAGCUGGACACGGUCCAAUCUUCACGACUGCGAGCGUUCGUCGACUGGCUGAGAGAACGCCGGCCGUUCCACGCCGUCCUGCACGUCAUCAGAGACGAGUCUCCGCUCAAGGCUGAGUUCAUGCAGAACAUGAUCGAGGAUCUCAGUGAAUCCGCUCUCUCCUACUACGAGUUCCUCCUGCACCUGCAGCAGCAGAUCUCCAAGUGAUCCCACAAUGCCCGGCUGGAGCCAGACGCAGACCUGCUGUCAAUAAAGUCCCGUCUGUGUCACACUACAGCUGUUUGUGAGGAGUGAUGCUUGAGUCUGUAGCGCAGACACACGGGUGACAUCACAUGAGCGCAGAUCCUUUCUAAUUUAUCGCCUUUUACUAAAAAACUAAAAUGUAGGAAAAUGGUUUCUUAUGAAUUUCUUACGACCUUUAUAAGAAGUGCUAUUCAGAGUUAGCGCUUUAUAAUUAGUGUGGUUAUUGUCACAGGUUUAUCUGUUCGAUCUUCAGGUUUGUCUGUAUUCAUCAGUCAUUGUUUUAAUUGAUGAGGAAGGCAAUGCAGUUGAAUUCAAUAUCUGCCUUAAGUGGGACUCAAGCAAAUGUUCUCUGAGAAGAAAUGCUUUGUAAGGAUGUGACGUUUAACACGGGCAAAUUCAGACACUCGACCCUGUGAUCUUUACACAUUAUAAACCUAUAUUAUUUUCAAAAGAUUGUUAAUUUUAGUAAAAACAUUAUUCAGAUGAUGCGAGAUGAUAAAACAAACUGCUUGGGACUUUAAUAUUAUGUUCCAUGAAGAGAGAUUUUUAAGAACUGGCUAAAUCUAUGAAAGCUUUAGGUGAAGUGAUCAGCUACAGAGACAUGUAGGAAACUAUGUGCUUAAAGCUUGAAAUAUAAUCCAAAAUACAGAAUAAAUACAGAGAUUUCUCUGCCACUAAUAGAGAUUUAUAUUAAAUGGCUGGUUGUGAAUGGAGAACUGAUGAAAGGAGGAGUGAGUGACACAAUAAUCUGAGCAAUCUUCAGUCUUGAUUCUGUUCGCAGAAGUUUCUUGCAUAAUCAAAUCCAACAUUCAGAGGGAUAUUUUUUUAUAUUUAAAAAAAU